AUGGUAGAGAGCUUGAUAGAGGCGGGUUUUCUACAACAGCAAGAGAGACAUGCUGCCAUAUCUCGUCUGCUUCUAGAAGGAUUAGAACGGAGACGCUCACAGAACUUGCGAGCUUUACAGGUCUCASGAGCCACAAACACCAGGGUAAAUGGGGGCAAUACCUUGUCUGCCAGCCAACCACAACCACAACAGCAACCACAACAGCAACCACAACAACAGCAGCAGCAACAGCCACAGCAACCACAGCAGGUGGGUCCAACAGCUUCUCAGGUUCCUGAGGGUCCUGUCGAAUUUUCCGACUCAGAAGACGAAUCAGACUACGAGGAUGGGUCUGAUGUUGAUGGCGAGUCCGAUUCUGACACCUCUAAGUCUGCAACUACCCCUAAAGCCACCAAUGCCAAGGAACAGUCAGAGACUAGAAAGUUCGGGGAAUCCGAGGAGUCGUUCUGCUUGAUCAAAGAUCUCAACAAGCGUCGCGCCAGGCCCAAUCAGCCGUCCGCUCCUCAGGCACCAUUCUCUUUUGGCGAGACCAGUGGUGCCACCGCAGCUUCUUCAAGCUCUACAGCUUCCAAUGGCUUCUCAUUCGGCCAGUCUCAGAGCUUUCCUGCGCCGAGUGCUUCAGGUGCCACUCAGAACGCCGCCCAGUCUCUUUCUUUUGGUGCUGGGGCUCCUGCUUCUUUCAAUUUUGGAGGGUUCGGUGCGACUCCUGCCAGCAACCCAUUCGCCAAUUUGAACGGCGGAAACACACAAACUCAAACCCAAACUCAAGCAUCCAACGUUUUUGGUGCUCAAAGCUCGACUCAGCCCGCACAACCCUCAGGUCAGGGUAUUUUUGGUCAGAGCUCGAACACAGCUUUCCAGACUCAACCAGCAAGCACUGGCGCCAACCCAUUCGCACAGUCUACUGCUACAGCACCCGCUUCUCCUUCACCUUUCCAGACGCAGCCUGCCUCGACUGGCUCAUCCUUGUUUGGACAAACAAAGCCAGCGAGCACUGGUGCCAACCUUUUUGGACAGGCUUCUUCUGCUGCUCCUGCAUCCACUUCUACAGCAACCACUACUGCUCCUGGCUCACUCUUUGGCCAGCAAUCCGCUUCUGCUGUUCCUAGUGCCCCGCUUUUCCAGUCGAAGCCUGCAACAACUGCGGGCUCAAGUCUCUUUGGUCAGAAUCCCCCGGCAACUUCCACAGGCACUAUGAACAUGUUCGGUCAGUCAGUUGGUGCUUCAUCUGCCGGUGCUACUUCUGCAACUGCUACAAGCGGCCCUGCAAACUUGUUCGGACAAACACCUUCAGUCGCUGGAUCACCAUUGUUCCAGCCCAAACCAGCCACGACUGGGACAACAAAUAUGUUUGGUCAGACCGAUACUGCCUCAAGUCCUGGUGCAUCUUUGUUUGGACAAUCUGCCGCUGCUCCAUCUACACCAAACAAGGCCAGUGCCUCUUUGUUUGGGAACGCACCGACAACUGCGUCCAACCCUUUCAACUUUGGGCAGACUACUUCUACGACGCAGAAACCUCUUUUCAACGUCAAUAGCGAUACUGACGACAUGAGCACUUCCCCCGACGGUAAACGCAAAGUUAGCGAACAACCUUCGGCUCCUUUGAACAUAUUUGGCCAAAAGCCUGCGCAAACGUCCACCCCAUCUGAGAAUAGUCGACCAGCAUCUUCGCUUUUUGGCGCUCCGACUAUAUCAGCGACUGCCAACCCUCCGUCGCCUAGCCUGAGUACUUCUAGUAACAUCUUUGGCCAACAACAGUCAAGAUCGGUUUCACCUGCACCAAACGGUGUUACAACAGCACCUAGUUCCGUAUUCGCACCUACCACCACUGCCUCAGCACCGUCAAAUCCGUUUGGAUCGUUGUUUGCAGGUAGUUCCAAAUCCAAAACGACUGAGACAUCUCCAGCAUCAGCUACAUCAGUCUCUGCUGCUGCGCCAGCUCAAUCAUUUUUUGCGGCAACCUCUAAACCAGCAACAACCACAACACCAGCGACAACUGCUCCCGCAGCCACAUCCACAACUCAGUCGCUUUUCGCCGCAGCCUCUCAGCCAGCUCAAGCCAAGCCACUGUUUGCACCUCAGUCGUCCCCUGAUAAAAGACUUGGAGGCGCAAUCAUGGAUCAAGCUAUCUCUAAAAAGGCAGGCGUAGCUCAGGCGCCUGCUGAAGCGUCUCUUGAAAGUGACAAGAGGGCUCAGAUCAUCGACCUGAACCGUGGUUUCAAGGAGCACCUUGCUUCCUACGACCCUGAAACCCAGAGCUUGGACAGUAUUAUUAUCUAUUACAUCAAGAUGAGAAAGGUGAUCGGUGCACCAGUUGGGUCACUUACGAACAAGCCUGGUAAACGCAAGCUUGAUGACACGCACGGAAUUGAAUCGCCUGUUCAACGACCCACUGCAAAGAAGUCAAAGGCUCAAGAGGCCACCCCAGAGCCUGAACUUCCCUCUGUUCGACAUUCGACUGCCGAUAAGCGAAAGUCGUCAGAAGACCUUGAUGAUAGCCCGAAUGGUAAACGCAGGGCUCAACCAUAUGUGCGUCCUACAACUCAGGGAGCAGGCAAAUCAGAGACAGCCAGCAUCUUUGCAAGUUCAUUUUCGGCACCCAAAGCUGCAGCMCCAGCCAGUACAGCUUCUUCCAGCUCUAAUUUGUUUAGCGUCGGAUCCACUGCAUCGCCCGCCAAAGAAACUCUCCGCGCAGCAUCUCCCCAGAAGGAAGAACCUGCUGCAAAGCCUGCAUUUGAAAUUCCCAAAUUUGGCAAUCAGAACUUCGCCGGCCAGUUCGGCAAGGGCAGUUUCCAGGCAUCUUCUGAAGCUCCUGCGGUCAAGCUUGACCUUCCUAAGUUUCAGGUUUCUGGACAAAGCUUCAUGAACCAGUUUGGUCAACAGGCCAAAGGCGAUGAUGACGAUACCACCGAUGAAGACAGUGACUCCGAUGCAGAGCCUGUUGUAGAGAAGAAGGUAGAGAAGAAGGUUGAAAAACCAAGCUCUGCGCAACCCCAGCCCAACUUCUUCUCCGGGUCCGUCUUCGACAGCAAGCCCGGAACGCCUUCGAUUGGAACAAACAACAUUUUUGGUCAUUUGAACACUUCUACUGCAACCUCGGAUGCUGCAGAAUCCUCUGAUGAUGACUUGACAGAGCAACUACAAAAGCGCGCCAAGAAGAGCCAGCCUGACGCUGAGACUGAACCAAAGGCAGCAAGCAGUCUGUUUGGUCGCAUCACUAGACCUGAUGGAACGCCAGUCAACCUCAGCUCGGAUGAAGAAAAGGCAGAGACCCCCAAACCGAAACCACUCUUUGGACAAUCUACCUCAAGUCCGUUCCUCGCUGCUCCCAACAAUACACCUCUGUUUAGCUCGACAUCUACACCCAAAUCGUCCUCUAAUAUCUUUGGAGGAUCUUCGACACCUUCAACAACAUUCAAUCCUUUCUCCUCCAACCUCAACCCAGCUGCCCAAUUUCUUGCUAAGGAGGGAACGGCCACUGCUAGCGUCACAUCCGACUCAAAUGCAGAAGAUACCGACACGGAGACCGUUAAGGACACACAGCUCAAUCUGUUGACUAAUGCCGGCGAAGAAGAUGAAGACUGCUUGUACGAAGUCCGUUGUAAAGGCCUGAAAAUGGUUGAAAAGGUGGGCGACAGCGGGAAAAUCGAGAAGGUCUGGGAAGUCCAAGGACUUGGUCCACUUCGUGUUCUUGUGAACCGAGAAACAAAACGCGCUCGUCUCCUGCUACGUGCGGAUCCCAGUGGAAAAGCUGUUCUUAACACAUCCAUUAAUCGCUCCAUUGACUACAAGGUCCAACCUGGUAGCUGCAGUUUCCUAGCGCCCCGUACGGAUGGCUCAGGUUUUGAUUCCUGGGCCCUUCGUUUUAGAAAAGAAUGGACUGCGGAAUUCGAGAAUGCAGUGAAGACGGCUAAAGCGGGUUUGCCUAACUAA